UAGGAACUUGGGAUUUGGCAGAAGACGCCUGAAAAGACGCUUCAUAGUUGCGGAUGUAAAAGUUAAUCCUCCGUAAGCAAUCCACAAUCCAAUUGAUGCAUUUACCCCCGUUACUGAAUCAUCAGCUAAAAACACACUAAUGUGUGAAACGCUUAAUAUUAUUACGUCUUUUUUAUUUGUUCAAAUAUACAUUCAUUGCAGCUUCUAUUUUUAUGGUCAGGUUAUUCAACACAUUUGGAUUCAGCUGCAUGACUCACAAACUCUCGAUUGAAUGAACGAGAGGAACAUAAAUCGAGAGCGAAAAGAAAUUUGUGCUGUACCAUGUAUAUGCAAGAACCCCUUAGCAUAAGGUAGAAAAAGAGAGAGAGAGAUACAGGAUACAUCUGUUGUUCCAGCCGGCGAGACCGAUUUCCAGCACCGUGCCAAAUGCCAACAAGAUUCGGGCAAUCUAAAAUCCCAGCAGAAAAGCAACAAAUCUGUGUUGCCGUGUGAUGCAUUUUAUCCCAACGCACAUAUGCAAUCGUCCGAGGUCACUGUCUUCCCCGUAAUUGUGUGGUAGCUUAUCGUGUUGCAGCAUAAUCGGAAGACGGGGACGGAUAUGCGAAAUACGUGUAAGAAUGGUACGCUAGACCAUCACCGACCGCCAAUCUCCAGCAUACGAAGACCCCCAGCUGCGUAAUGUGGAUGGUGGGAGGGGAGGGUCGACAUUCGCAAACACACCCAGACAUAUCCAUUGUCAAUCAUAGGAAGAUUUGGGUUUUUUUUUGAGUAAGUGCCGUGUGUUCCGUCGCUUCGUCAACCGGCAUAAUUUCCCUGAGUAGGUUUUUUAAACAAGCCUAUUACACAGCUCUGUGCGUGUGUAUGCGUCUGUGGUGUGUGCGUGUGUGAGUAGGAAUGGGAGGAAUGAUGGUACUCAGAGCAUGCAUGCGCGCCAUGUGCAUUGCAUGAUAUAUGCAGUUCGUGCCUGCCUGCAUCCUUUUUGUACUGACGACACAUUUGCGAUCCAGACAACUCCAUUUUGCAUGCGUAUCUACCGGGGUUUCGUGGAAUUCCAAAAUUUCCAAAGGCGAAGAAGCGUGAAGCAGUACUGCGGAGAAAAGUGCGUGUCUGGUCUGGUGGUGGAUUUUCGCGCAUGCUGUAUCAUUGGGCAGCAAAUUUCAGCUGUUUCCAUGCCCUUUUCUUUGUGCCGAGCGAACUUUAUUUUUAGACCGUUUUGUGACUGAUUGUGGAAGAGCGAGAUUGUCAGAAGCGAGUGUUAAGGUUAGAUUAUGUGCAGUUACAGUUUGUCAUUGAACUUCAACUUGUGUCUCCCGGUGCACAUAAAUUCGGUGUCCAAAAACACCUGCCAUCACGAUUCAAUAAACUGUCAGUGUGCGUCGAAUGUAUGUUCACAUUUGCACAAUCGCAGAUCCCUCAACAUUCCACCCUGUUUUGUUCUUCCUCAUUUGCUCAGUAAACUCCCACACACGAAGCAAAAAGAAUCUCCCCGAAUGAUAGUGAAAGGAUCAACUUGCGGACGUAUGCCCAAGUUGGUGGAGCAUCGAAGCUUUCGCUAAACGUCAUCCUGAACUUGACGUUAGUUUGACGUUUGCAAAGCGGCGCGAGAAUUGUGUGACUCCCCAACGACACAUAAAAACACGCGCACCACGGUGAGAGUACGCACCGCAUCGCAUCUGGAGGAGCAUAAACCGCCUCACGACGGUGUACGCUCACACGACGGUGGAAAGAAAAUAGAAGGUAGAGAGCGAAAUUGUGCGUGAACACCGGUUCGAAACAAGAGAGCGAGCAGCAGCAGCAGCAGGGUCCCCUUUUUACACGGGGCUUUUCACUAGAGGCGUAAACAUACGUUCGUACAUGCUGCCCGGAGUAUGUAUCGGUCGCCUCUGCCGGAUGCCGGUUAUUGGAGCUCGCGCUGACUGGGUUGCUCUGGGUCGCCGUCGUCAUCGUCUCCGCUCCGAGGGUGUCAGUCAGCAGCAGAGCGAGCGCGCGCGCCCUUUCGUUGGUGUCCCUACGUGAGAUGAGAAAUUGAGAGAAGAAAAGUGACGCUUCGAGUGGUUGGAAAAAGCGCGCGCGUGCCACCAAUGUUCAGGGGGAACCGUUUUACACCAACACACAUGCACACAUGCAAUGUAAAACAUAACACCGUGAAAGCGCACAAUGGGGGUUGAUGGUUGAUGAUGAUGCCGACUAUCGUACUUGACGGUUUCCCAGCAUACUUGUGGUGGUGUUGUUUGCUGGAUGGUUGGAAAUACAUAUAUUAUGCCCCUCACACUGUAGAAGUGGUUUUGUUUUUUCUCCACACAUUUGUGUCAAAGUAGCUCUCAGUUGUUGGUACAAGUACAUUGCAACACACCCCUAAGUACGAAACACGGAAACCAGUCAGUCAAGCAACCCUCGCUCCGAUACGCGCAGCCUUCCUUGACCGGCUUUUUUUUUCCAAGAGUUCUAACUCCCUCUCAUCCGUUGAAACUUUGUUGGAAAAUUUCACCUGUGUGUAUUCGUUAUCUCACCACGGCUCUUCCAGGGAACAACGCCACAUCCUUUUGUAUUGUGGGGGAGCAUUUCGCCCGACAUUUUGUUCAGCAGGGAAAUUCUAGAACUAUUGCUUUUUUCGCAUGCGAUGCAGAUGCGAAGGAAGAUCACAUUUGCUUGGUCCGAUGGUUACGAUGGGCGGAAUUACGUGUUGAAGUCGCUCAAUCUUAUUUAUCCUUAACCCUUCUGGUAUGUUGUUGAAUCGCAUGACAUUACAGCAUCGCUGUUUUAUUCUUUCUUAUUUAAAGGUACCCUGCAUUGGCACCCUGUGCCUGUGAGUGUGUAUACGUUUAAAGAGCUUCUUUAAAUUACAUUUAACAACUUCAAUCCGAACGCUUGCCGGUUUGGAGUAAAUCGAAAUGAAGGUCUGACACGUAGUAUCAACCUACCGCUAUCCGACUGAUCCAUUAAGUUGUGGGCAUAGGUUAGAAAUAUAGCCAUUUCUGCGACUUUUUAUAUAGGUCACUCGAUUUUGGCGCUUACGCGUCAGCACAACACACUACAGUUUUUAACGGGGAGAACAAUUUCUCUUGUUUUACGAUAUUUGUUGUUUGUGGGAAGGUGAGAAGUUUAAGCUGAGCGUGUGUUUCCGUGAUGGUGAUGGUCGGCUUUUUAUUCCAGAGUGCGCAUGUAGCAGACGUCCAGAGAGACACGAUGUAAGAGAGUGUUAAUGUUGGAAACACCAUUGAGUUAGGAUGUGGACGGGUCGGUACGGCCAAGCAGCAUAAAGUGCGCAGUUGCAUUUCGUUGGGGAUCGCGCAAGGUUCUUUAUUACCAUAACUCGGUGUAUUGCUUAACCUGUUGGGUUUAGUAUGUAGUGUGUAGGCUUAUUAUAGGGAGGUACGAUCGUACAAGCAGAGUUGUGUAGUAAUAGCCACAGAAUGCCUUUAGCCAAUGUUCGCUAAACUUGGACACCUAGAAGAGAGUGUACCCUAGACGUAAAGGUAAACAACAACACUUUGCACAACGCCGCAACGACGUUCCCCAUCGCCGAGAGAGACCCAUCCGCCAUUCAGCUUUCAAGUAUGGUGUAGUGAAACAGAAUAGUGCAAACAACCGUUGCCAUCAUUUUGCUUGAGAGGAUAAGGCAUUAGAUAGGGAGGUCCUGCAUUCGGGGACCCCGAUCGUCAACGAAACUUUCCAACGAAAGUUCCAACGCUCCUAGAGAGGGCGUGCGCGCGCGCACACUCCUCAUCCAUUUUGCAGUAGGGCAUGGUGUACUGGACUGUGUUGGUCUAUGUAUGACAUUGGCGAGACGUACGUGUCGCGUGUAAAGAAAACAGACAAAAAGCGGUGAGAACACUUGUGCGCCACCGUCAAGAUGUACGCAAAGCAAACCCAUGCUAAAGUCGUUGGUGGUGGAGGAGGUGGUGGUGGUGGUGGUGGUGCUGGUGGUAGACAGAGCAUAAAGGCGGAAUAUCAACCCGGUAGCAAAGCGGCUAGUGGUGUGUCCGGUGGUGAACGUAGAGCUAGUACGGUUUACGCGCGGAAAGCUUCGGUAGUCAGUACCAGUAGUGACGUGUCGAACGAUGACUACGAGGAGGUCAAACCGGACCUUCAGGUUAGCUCGCAUCUGCUCGAUCAUGGCUAUGGCUGCGGGGUGGCUUCCUUUCCGACCGUGCCGAUCAUGGGCGCACAGUCGGUGCAGCAACCACCCCCAAAACAUCAUGCUGUGUCCGAGCAGCAGCAGCAGCAGCGUGGCCAUCAACACAUUAGCAGUAAUGUUAGCAGUAGAAACAAUCACUCCAAUGGGAGGAACAGCCAUCAUCACAGUACGCCCACUUCAACCAGCAUGCCAUCGUCCUCAGCCCAGACAGCUUCUCGUAGCGGUGGCAAACAGCAUCAGCAUGAUCACUACAGCAGUAACAAGCAGAAUGUGGCGGAUCCACCGAUCACCAAUUUCUUCAGGGCCAUUAAACGAUCGUCACAGUCGUCGAGCAUAUCUCCCACACCGGCCAAAAUUGCCAAGAGUAGCAAUGGUAGCAAUGCGAAGACACCCAACUCUACCUGCUCUACGCCGACGUCGUCUAUAUCGUCCUCUUCCUCGAAGAAACGCUACUCGGAGCGAACUAGGUACGACACAUCGCUCGGGCUCCUGACGAAAAAGUUUAUCGAUCUGCUAAACGAAUCGCCGGACGGUGUGGUAGAUCUAAACAUUGCCUCGACGAAGCUGAAGGUACAGAAGCGACGCAUCUACGACAUCACCAACGUGCUCGAGGGCAUCGGAAUGCUGGAGAAGAAGUCGAAAAACAACAUACAAUGGAAAUGUGGCAAUACCGUGUGCAAUAUCGACCGCAACACGCGAAUACAGCGCGAACGGUAUCGACUGCAACAGAAGGAAAACAUGCUGGAGGAGAUGAUCGUCGAGCUGCGGUCAGCCACAAACGAGGAGAUGGCGCACACGAAACACGGCUACUUUACCUGUCAGGAUCUAAGCUCGAUGGAGAUGUUCCGCGAGCAGACGAUCGUUGUUAUUAAGGCGCCACCAGAGGCUAAGCUGGAGUGGAUGAAUGAGAAGAUGCAACGGGAAAUAGUGCUGAAGUCUGAGAAAGGAGAAAUUGAUGUUUUUAUCUGUCCAACUGAGGAGCCUGGUGUUAUUGAUAGCCCGGCAGUGAUUACCGGCGAUCCACUGCUGGAAAACUUCGAACCUGUACUAUCACCUUUCCAACGCAUGGACAGAACUUCCAGUCCAAGGAAAGGUUUAAUGAGACCGUCCCCCUACGCGGCACAGCGCAAUCUCAAUCGUGCAUUGUUCGAGGAAGGUUCUGUGAUGAAGUGUGAGUCCACGGAAAGUGUACCCGGCAGGGAGAACAGCAUACAAACGGCUGUGGCGUCUCUGUUCAACCUAUCCGGUGCGACCGUGCCACAGAAGGUGGUGGUACAUACCGAACGGUACGAAUCGCCCCUGUGCACCAUGCUGGCGACGGCCAGCAGUAGCGCGUCCGGUGCAGCCAAUGGUAGCGGCUACUACCACGGCUGUGACUCAUCAUCCCCAGCGGUAGUAGAUCAAUCCGAGUUGCAUUUCGAUGCUAGUCAGACAACGACGGCGAUGAUCGGGUCCGCGACGAUAACGUCGAAGACUGGCGUGAGAGUUAAAUCCGAACAUGUGCCUGAUAGUAGUAAUAGUAGAAGUAGCGACAUACUGCCGCCUUCCGCAAUAUCGGCGGAUAGUGGCGUGUUCGUAUGGGGUGACGGUGCGAUGGAAGGUGACGAUCAUCACCAUCAUCAUCACCAUGUGGGAGGAAUUCCAACGUCCACGGCGACGGCGUCGUCUUCAUCGUCCAUGCUGUCCGGCGGAGUGAUGGGUCAUCUCAACAACAACAACAACCACAUCAACGGUGGCAAAGUGACGCCGGAGGAGAUCACCAACAAGAAUGCAUCUCUCUCGGAUACGAAACUCAGUCCAAAUUUGUUCCAGUACGAUUUCUCCAUGUCGGCGCUAAAGACGCCGAGUGCCAAGUCCUCCCCGGAUAAUCUUCACCAGCGCUAUGGAUUAUCCGAUUUCGACGGUGAGUUUCUGCUGGUUUCUUGGGUGUGUGUUAGUGUUAUGGUUAGGAGCGCAGGAGUUGUUUCGAUAGCGGUUGGGCUAACGUGGAUACCAUCUUGCCAUCGAAGGAAGUAGUAGUGAACCUGCAUGGUGAGCUGAAUCUAGCAAGAACUUGGUACUGUGACCUGUGUGGAAUUAGCCGCGUUGUUGCUUCACAUCACAGUCUGAGUUCUUGCUGGACGGUUCGCACAAUCAACGAACGGCGGAAUGAGUGUGGGAUUGAUGGUGAAAUUUGUGGUAUGUAUAUGCGUUCAUCGAGACAUUCGUGCAAUAAGGACAUCGUUUUUAGAUGGUUUGCGGGAUGGUUCAUUCGGGUGCUUACCACCGUGGUGUUUAUUGUUCGUGUGUGUAUAAGUGUUUGUGCUUUUGUUCGCGUGGCAAUGUUUUACAUCAUCAUCAUCAAUACCGGCGCUGAAUUCUCGUGGUUCUGCAGUAUCAUAAGCGCAUAUCGUUCAUGUAGCACCAUGAGAUUCAGCUCCGGUGUUUGAUACUGUGCCUUGUUGAAACUGCCAAUCUACUGUACCAUUCGCGUCGUGUAUUUUCAAGGUUUUGGGGGAUGUAAUGCGUGUUAAACAUUGUUAAAUCAUUUUCAUACCCAACAUUAAUAAAGGUGUAAUAACAUCAUGUUCAUUUCUUUGCACUAUCACACAACGAAUGAAAUAAAACAUUUUGUUAUAAGUUGAUUGGCAGCGGUUAAAGCCGAACGUAGUAUGAAUUUUGAGUUCAUGUCGAUGUUUUUUUCA